GAGCUUAGCCCUGACGUCAAACAACUGAACAAGGCAACAAGGCUAGUCGUGUGCUGUGAAGCACCGCCUUUCUCCGAUCCUUCUUAUAUAUUGCGUCUCUCUCUCUCUCUCUCCUGUGAUUUGGCCCUAGACGUAUUUGUCUUCGAUUUCGAGAAGAAUGGGAGGGCCAUUAACGAGAUACCGAAUGCUAGGUCUAAGAGAGUCCCUAUCUGAAUCGGAUCAGUAUUCAAUUGCCUGCAAACAACUGUGCUUCAUUCUGAGAAUCGCUUACUCCAAAGUCGAGAAAAUUCUCCGGUCUCUCAUCUUCCAGGACAUCCUCACCGCCUUUCGCCUCCUUCCACAAAUGCAGACACAAGCAGCCGUUUCUGCGGCUAAACUCCUCCUUCAGAAUGCAGAGGCUGCAUUGCCAAUCCAAAUGAAGGUUCUGGCUGUAAUGGAGUUCAAACAUGCAAUGGUUGCGUGUAAGAGGCGAUGUGAAGCCCGACAGGAGGAAGAAUGUUUGGUUCAACUUCCUCCAGAUGUUCUUCUGCACAUCUUCAGUCUCGUAGAUUGGAGAUCUUUAGCUUCUGCUGCGGUAGUCUGCCGGUCAUGGAACACAGCAUCAAGUGACAACUCUCUGUGGCAUUUGCAAUAUGUUGCUUGCUUUGGUAAUUUAGAUCCUAGAAGUGGAGAAAGGGUUGAGAAGGAGGAGUUUAAACGUUUAGAAGAGGACGUUGCUGCUGGAGUUUGUACUGACUGGAAAGAUGCCUUUAAGAGAGCAUAUACAGGCCUUCUUUUCAAGAGAUUUACAUUUAGGGGCUACUGCAGUUGCUGUGAUGCAAUAGUCUGGCUCAGUAACAUGACAUUUUACUAUUCCUUUGAACCCUGCGCACCAUAUUGUCAAGAACACGAAAUCAAGCCUCUUAUCAACUCAGCAGAUUGUUGAAUACGUUAUUUAUUUUGUCCCUCCACCUACUGUCUAUUCGGAAGAUAAUAAUAGCGAUAGUGAGGCAGACGAAGUGUCCCUCUCCAAGUUUUGGGUCUACCCCUGGUGAACUAGAAUGCGUGAUAGUGAUUCAAAUGAAUGGGCUAUCCCCAAGUUGUUGCCUUACCCCAGUAUGUUUGAGUUCACAUGGUACAGUUUUUUGCAGGAGUUAUUGCUCAUAUUGUGGGUGCCAUAAUAUUGGAGUUGAGUAACUUGUUCGAAUAGAACUUUGAUUGUUGUCUCGUUCCUGGUUUUCCUUUCAGGGAAUGAGAAAACUGGUAUAUUGGCUAGCACAGGUUUGCGACUUGCAUCGUCAAUAGAAUAUCUCUGGAGCUUCUGCGAGUCCUAUAAAAUUCUUCCUAAACCUAUAUUAAAAACUGAGUUAACUAUCUCUUUAGAUCUGAACUAUAUCAUUUUGUGU